CAUUUGAACGACCCAACCUUACCCGUUUUACGUUUCAGCUUCAAUGGGGAUAGGGACAUCCCAAGGAUCCCCGAUUGCGUGCACCAUCGUGAAACGAGCUAUCUUGAGCUCAAGUGGCUGUGAUUGGUUCGUUACCAAGCCACUCCAAUUGGCCAAUUCUAGCGUAGAGGAAGUAUCGUCAUUUCCUUAGCAAAGAAAGAAGGGGCUGACGAGAUCGUUGAAGAAGCUUGUCCGAAUAAUAAACAUAUUGCAUUAAUAAAAUAGGAUACCAUAGAUCGUGGAACCUUCUGUUUUGUGUGAAGCUUUCAAGAAUUAACCCACAGCAAUGUCGGCCCAAGCUCAAAUGAGAGCUUUGCUCGAUCAACUAAUGGGGACAGCGAGGGAUGGUGAGUAGCAAAACGGCGGUGACUAGCUUGUUAGCUACGUUAGCUUGCUAGCUAAAAGAUGGAGCCAUUCAGAUACUUUUCUACUGCUGCGUUUACACAGGCAGGCCAAUUCUGAUGUUUUCCACUAAUUUGUCUUUUUACCAAUCACAUGAGAUCUUUUCACAUCAGAUUGUUUUCAGGGCUGAUAUGAUUGGUCAAAAUACGAAUUAAUUCAUUAGGGGGGGGGGGGGUCUGAAUUUGUCUGCCUGUCUGAAUUUGUCUGCCUGUCUGAACGCAGCCUCAUAUGUGAGCCAGUGGCUUGCAUUUAGCCUUCUAGCUAGCUAGUUUACCAUCUAGCUAACUAGUUUUUGUGGCGUGUUUCAGUUGGACAUACCUUGAAUGAAUGGCGUACAAGAGGACGGCUGUGUGACAUAAAAGCAGCUCAAUCAUGAUCUGUCGCCGGCCUAGUUGUUGUUGUUUCGCGAUUUAAUGUUUGUAUCCAUAGCUAAUUACGUCCACUCUGGCAUUCAUUGUUGAUAGACCAGCUAGCUAGAUAAGUAAUGAUCAUCUGGACGACCCCCUGGGGGACCCUGAGUUUAAGUGGUCCCUGAAAAAGCGGAGUUAAAACUCAUGUUAUAACUAAUACAUUUCAAUCUAAUGUAUUUUUACAACACAGUUCUUAUGUUGUUCAGUUAGAUACAUAGCUUGCCAGGGUUGGGGUCAAUUCCAUUUCAAUUCCAGUAAAUUCAGGAAGUACACAUUCCAUUCCAAUUCUCUUAAAUACUUUUCAAUUAGAAAAAAAAUGAAUUACAAUUUGGUUUACUUUCUGAAUUGACUGUAAUUGAAACUGAAUUGACCCCAACCCUGAAGCUAAUUAUAUUUAGCAAGGCCUACAUGCAGUAUAGGAUAACAAAGAUAGCCGGCCUUGUAAAUACUAAAUAGUCAGUAAGGAUAUCUAGAGAGUCUGCAAGUCCUUGACAGGAGGUUAAAACAGUUAGUCAUGCUGUGCACAGCAUCUAGUAUUGUGUAGCAUUUGCACAAGCACCACUUCCAUAGUAAAUUACGUAUCUGGCUACAAGGACACUAGACUUACGAAGCUUGCUGUCACAUAUACGGUAAAUAACAGCAAGUACAGUUAUUUUAACAGUAGCCUUCUGUCUUAGUGCAUUCUAUAGUAACAGCUUUGUGAGAUAUGCACCCGGCCCUUUGCUCUACCUGUAUUUAGCAGCAUGUGUCCCACGUUGGACGGUAUCCGUAGAUGGUUCUGAUAAAAACGUUGUUGGCAGUGCCCAAGAAAGUACUACAUCCAAUUGUUUGAUGCUACUUUCACCCCCUUCAAUCUAAUUCACGCUCUUGGAUGUAAUACUUUCUUGGUCACCCCUCUGCGACACAGACGGCGUCUACUGUCUACAACUUUUACGGAUAAGGUCCAAAACAGGCACAGCAAUAUCUCUCAAACUGUCGCUAUAGAAUGCAAUUAGUCCCGGCUUAUUAAUUAUAUGAAAAUAUUAAUAAAGGUGUCAAAUUAGGCUACAAGGAUACAAACAUUGAAAACAUAACAGCUGCCAUUUAGGAAGGAUGUCAUGUCUACAAUGGUGACAUGUAAAGUCGGAUAAACUGACCUCAGUCCAUGAUUCUUUUUUGGGCUUAAUCAGCCUAACAAUGUGAGUUUGUGUCGAGUGAGUUUGUGUGUUGUGUGUGUGUGUGUGUUGAGAUGAAUACAAAUUCUUCCCGUACAUAUGUUACAUACAAACUGAACAAUUGUGGCCCCUUUAUUUUAUUCAUAAAGGUUCAGUGUAUCUUUGCCAGCCUACAUCAAUCUGCAAAGGAGUUGCAGAAAAGCCUCAUGUUCAUCGAGCCGUGAGUCACACAUGAUUUUUAAAGCUGUUAUGAAUAAUAAUAAUCCAAACAAUUGUUUUCUUUCCGGGAAGUUGUAUCUUUUUUUAGCAUCACAACAAUGGAUAUAAAAUCUUGGAAGUAGUUGCAGCUUGAAUUAAGACGUUGCCUGGUUGCGUUGAAAGCCACGUUUAUUGUCAAGCAGAGACAAUAUUAGCCAUCGAAAAGCUCUGCGCAGAUCUUUGCAAUCUUACUUGUGUAUCAUUCCACACUUCCUUACUACAGGUUUGAGCAAGAACUGUUCCCAUUUAUACUUUCCUACAGCGGGUUUAAAAUUCUGCAGCUGAGGUGUUGGAGAAUGCAGAUGGGUACAGUAUGUUGGAGCUCGCAGUGUGUAUAAAGCUAACAUUUUUCUUGGGUUUUCUUUCAAUGUUCCAUUUGUGUCAGGGACUUCGUUGGUGCCAACUAUAGCCUAGGCCUGAAUCUAUUUUAAAUGGUCUCAUUUUGUUGAAGUUAGGAGAUCUAGCUGACGCCGUAACAGCUGUUGCAGUGACACAGCACUGUUAAGCUGAGUGACAAUGUCAUGAGACCCAGGGAUCGUCAUGGGCCUGUCCCUGUCAAUCAUUAAAAACACCCAUACAGUAGGCUUACAACCAUUUGGCUGUUGAUUUUUCUAUAGGCCUAUAUUCUUCAGUUGAACAGGUGCUUUCACAAUGCCAUGACGAGAGUGUCAAGUCACAGUCUUAGCACAACCAUAUUCUUAAUGUAGUAUUGAGGCUCUGGUAAGGUAAGCCUCUAGGUUACAGCAGAAAAUACAGCAAGCCUUAAGGGACACACCACUCUGGUCCCAAUGCAGGCCCCAUUGUUUACUGACUGGUAAACCUGGGUCUGGUUUAAGAUUACCUAAGGUUCCGCUUUAAACACAAGUGUUUUUACAAAGCCACAUUUUGGGAUAUCUUAAGACAAAGUGAAUGUCGUUAAGUACUGUCCAAAGGCACACAUUCUGUCACUUGACGCAUUCUAGCUGAAUAUAUCUAUGUUCAUUUCACCCCAAUAAAGAGAAUACCAAGAUGCAAUUGUAAAAAUAAAAAAAAGUAUAAUCUUUGCCCCUUUACCCUAAUAUGGGUAUAAAGCGUUGGAUACCUCGCUCUAGUGGACCAAUAGCUAUCUGAGCUAUUUCUGACUGUUGCUUUUUGCAUGUUUCAGGGGACGAGACGCGGCAGAGGGUCAAGUUCACUGACGAGCGGGUCUGCAAAAGCCAUCUCCUGAACUGCUGUCCCCACGACAUCCUCUCUGGAACUCUGACUGACUUAAUCGACAGCGUAUGGAUCUGGGAGAAUGUGCGAAGACCCACGACCUGGCGCUCCGGGCCGACUAUGAAAUCGCCUCCAAGGCGAGGGAACUCUUCUUUGAGCUUGACGCUGUGGAUCACCUGGAGUCUUUCAUUGCUGAUUGCGAUCGUAGAACAGAGUUGGCCAAGAAACGACUGGUGGAGACUCAGGAUGAGAUCAGUGCGGAGGUGGCUGCAAAGGCAGAGACUGUCCACGAGCUGAACGAAGAGAUCGGGAAGCUCCUGGCCAAGGCGGAGCAGCUGGGAGCCGAGGGGAACGUAGAUGAAGCCCAGCUGAUCCUACAGGAAGUGGAGAAUGUCCGCAGCAGGAAGAGGGAUGCCGAGGAGGAGUACAGAAACUCCAUGCCUGCCUCCAGUUUCCAGCAGCAGAAGCUCCGUGUCUGUGAGGUAUGCUCGGCCUACCUGGGUCUCCACGACAACGACCGUCGCCUGGCCGACCACUUUGGUGGGAAGCUGCACCUGGGAUUCAUCCAGAUCAGGGAGAAACUGGAAGCCCUGAAGAAAACAGUCAUUGACAAGCAGGAGAAGAGGAACCAGGACCGUCUCAAGAGGCGAGAAGAGCGAGAGAAUGAAGAGCGGAUGAAGACAAGGACCAAAUCACAGAGCAGGGAACGGAGCAGGGAACAUAGGUCCCGCUCUCGCGAACGUAGGAGACGGCGUUCCUCAUCUCGGGAGAGGCGGCGUUCCUCCCGCUCGCGCUCCAGGGACCGGGAGAGGAGGAGACGCCACCGCAGCCGAUCCUGCAGCAAGGGCCACCGCCACGAGCCCAGCACCAGACACAAGUCGUCCAGGGAUCGAGAGCGCUCCUCCAGAGACCAUUCACGGGAGCGAAGCAGGAAGAGGGGAUCCUCCGAGAGGCGGCAAGACAGCAGGGAUCAGAACGGGAGGACUGACUCCCGCCGGGUGCAGGACAGGGACAGAGACACCGGGGACCUCUGAGGACUCUCGCUAUCUAUCCAUCCUCAAAACACAACCUCCUGUUCUCUCUUUCAUACCUGUCCACAUAUCUAUAAGGACUCUCUUAACAGCAAUGUCCAGAGACGUUUUGAUUUGACAGAUAUUCCAGCCAACCCACUGUGUCCCAAAUAAAUAGAGCUCAUAUGACCACAGGUGUGUGUGUGUGUGUAUCGUAUAUUGAGCAAAUAUAUACAGUACCAGUCAAGUUUAGACACACCUACUCAUUCAAGGGUUAUUCUUUAUUUUUACUAUUUUCUACAUUGUAGAGCAUUAGUGAAGACAUCAAAACUAUGAAAUGGCACGUAUGGAAUCAUGUAGUAACCAAGAAAAGUGUUAAACAAAUCCAAAUAUAUUUUAAAAGUAGCCACCCUUUUGCAUACUCUUGGCAUUCUCUCAACCAGCUUUGAGGUAGUCACCUAGAAUGCAUUUCAAUUAACAGGUAUGCCUUUAAGUUAAUUUGUUGUAUUUCUUUCCUUAAUACGUUUGAUCCAAUUAGUUGUGUUGUGGCUUUUUGACUGGUACUGUAUAUAUUUCAAGCAUUCAAAUAUAUCGGUAGUUGUUGAAUGUUGUGGGGGUGCACAAAGUCCUGCCAGCAUAUGUUUUAAGUGAUGGCUGUUGAUUGCAAUUAAUUUGAUUUUAUAUACAUAUUCUAUGAAACUAUCCUAAAUAUACAAUUUAAGUGGUAGCUAUAGAAAUUAUAAAUUAAUGACCAUUGAAUGAACCAUAAAAUUAAAGAAUAGAGGAUUUAAAUGUUUCUUUGUUUUGAUACUGUUACUUUUAAACUGUCAGGAUUGCUGUGCGAUUGAGACACUGCUUAAUCAUACUUCCUGCAUACUGUCCUGGGUCAUGUUCAUUAGGCACCAAACAGAAGAAACUGGACUGAAACAGGGAGGCGUCAUCUGGAUUUGUCCAAUAAGAAAAGCACAUUUUUGCUCUCCCUAAAAACAUAGUGAAAAGUUUGCAAUUAGUGUCCUAAUGAACACAACUCGGCAUACUGCCUUAGAUUGUCUUCACUCUUCGAGGCUUCCUUCCCAUCCUAGAGGCUAUUUCACUAUGCUGGUCGCAGUAAUUUGCCAGUUAAAGUUGCAAAAAAUAUUUAACAUACCAGUAAUCAUAGGUCAGAUAUGUGCAGAACAGAUUAUAAGACUGAUCAACGAAGACAUAUAGUUGUUUGACUGGAUCAGGACAUUUGGAAAUACAAAAGGAAUUUGGUCAGUUGUGAACAUUAGUUAGCUCAUUUCUGUCAGCUUGUGAAAUACCCUUUGCUUCUAUAGUUGUGGCCUAGACUGACUAACGAGACAUUUAUAUUUGGAGAGAUUGCAGCAGUUCGAAUGAAUAUGUCAUAAGGAUUUCCUCACGCUUUAGAUUUUAUUGUCCUUUGUGUUCAGAAAUGGAGUCUUCUUUUUUUUUUUUGAGAGAGAGAAUUUUACAAGUUUGUUCCAAGUUUUCAUGUCAUGUGAAGUCUGUAUUUGUGUGUAGUAGACAUGAUGGACUUUGCAGGUCUCCAAUGGAUUGAGUAGGAAAUGCUGUUUUGGAUUGAUAAUGACUCUGUGACCCUAGAAGUCAGUUACGCUACCCAGGAAGUCAGCGAUGUUACCCAGCAAGUCAGCUAUGUUACCCAGCAAGUCAGCUACGUUACCCAGGUAGUCAGCUACGCUACCCAGGAAGUCAGCUAUGUUACCCAGCAAGUCAGCUAUGUUACCCAGCAAGUCAGCUACGUUACCCAGGUAGUCAGUUACGCUACCCAGGAAGUCAGCUAUGUUACCCAGGUAGUCAGCUACGUUACCCAGGUAGUCAGCUGCGUUACCCAGGUAGUCAGCUACGUUACCCAGGUAGUCAGUUACGUUACCCUGGUUUUGGACUAUGACACUUGGUGCUGGGAACAAUAUCCUAAGUACCUGCUUAUGUUCAUUUUACUUUCCAGUAUUUUGAUGCUGAAUCCACAGCUUGUACAUCUUCUGAAUAUGUUGGUUCAUGUAUGUCAGUCACUUGAAAUUGGAUGCAAACACAUAUAAAGGAAUGCAUAACUGUUCCUAAUGGGUGCCAGCUCUAGUAUUGGUUUGGUCUGUUUGUAUUAUUUUGCUAGAAGAUGAUUUUCUCUGAAGCCUGAAUAAAAAUCCCAAAGUUGUA